AUGCCCAAGCCAGCCAUGGGAGCAAAGGCACAUGCUUCCGCAACGUGCACUGCCGCCGCUCCGCCUCCCCCUACGAAGAAGCCCAGCAAGUCAAAAGCUGCUGCCCUAGACCCAAUCCAGAUCGAAGCAAAGCGGAGAGAGCGAGCAGACAAGAAGGAAAGAGAGGCUAAGCACAAGGCAGCUGCGGAAGAAGAGGCUCGGGCAUCGGGCCUCUCCGCACCACUUGUAGAUGCCUCUGGGCGUCCUCUGUACAAGCCGAGACAAUGGGGCAUGGUCAAGGGAGCCUCCGGCCAGAGCUUCCCCAGCGAAGAAAAGACCAGGCUGAAGAUACUCAGCUGGAACAUGCUUGCUCAGGGACUUGUACGUCGAAAGCUCUUUCCCGGGAGCGAUGCCCUGCGGUGGAAAGACCGAGAGGCGGGGCUUGCUGCUGAACUCACCGGCCACGCUUGGGAUGUUGCAUGCCUCCAAGAGGUGGACAGGCAACAUACUCACGGCGAGACUCUCAGAGCAGCUGGGUAUUCCCACAUCUUCGCAAAGGGCUAUCCGCAAAAGCAACAUGGUUUGAUGCUUGCCUGGCGGACCCGCGAGCAGACUCCAGCUUCCAAGAGUCCAGUCUUCGAGGAGGCUCCCGUAGCGUCUCAAACUCUCUUCUAUGACGACGAAGAAGUCAGCACUGGUCGGACAGGCUGCUCGAGGAUCACGAGGAACAUUGCUCUAUUCGCUGCUAUCAAAUUCAAGCAGGCGACCAGUGCAGCUGCCACCCCUUCCGCCUCCUCGAGCUCGCCCAAGGGCCUCAUCCUAGCUACCACGCAUCUCUUCUGGCACCCAAUGCACGGAUACGAGCGAGCACGGCAAGCUGGUCUUCUGACGCAGGCGCUCAACGCUUUCAGAAUAAGACAAGACGCCGAAUGGCAAGAUUGGCCGACGAUACUAGCGGGAGACUUCAAUGAUCAACCCCACUCGGCGACCUAUAGCCUGCUGACGGGGAGGGACGUCGACUCAGAGAGCCUGCAAGAGCUACUGCAAAGCCGGGUCGUCCAUCAAAGUAUUGAUGAGCGAGAGCACAAGAGAGCCAAAGGGCUGUUCGACAACGGCAAGGGUAAAGAAUCGGCGAAUAGCGACGCCAAUGAGGGCGCUGAUGCUGCAAUCGAUGGCGGAGAGGAGGAGGAGCAGGAGUCGGGAGGUGAAGAAGAAGAAGAAGCGGCAGCUGACGACCAGAUGCUCAAGAAUUGUCGCACUGCUACAGCAGCCGAUGACCUGCUCACAUUCGAAGAGCUGCAGCAGCUCAACACCAUCUUUCCAUUGACCAAGACCGCCAAGUCUUCACCUCGACACUUCCGCUCUGCUUAUGCUACCUCCUACCCUGACCUGGAACAUCCGAGCGAGUCUUCCAAUCUCUUCUCCUCAUCCACUCGCGGUCGCGAGAGGUGGGACGAUGGCUCCUGGCAGGAGGGAGUCUCCAACAAUCCCCAUUUGCACUUGGCAGGCACGCCAGCGGGAGCGGAGCCCAUGUGGACGCUCUACUCGAGCCUGUUCAGUCUCACGCUCGACUUCAUCUUCUUGAUGCCCUCUCCGACAACGCAGCACUGGAGGCGCACACCAGAUGACGCGCCGGAUGCACAGACAGAAGACAGUUUUCCAAAGAUCACCAGGCUGCUGAGGACGCACAGAACUGCGGACAUCAAAGAAGGACUGCCUAGAAGGGGUGUUUGCGUCAGCGACCACAUCGCUAUCGGGGCUGAAGUGGAGCUGUAG